CUCUGAAUCUCACAUCUCCCUCAACUGAAUUCCAUCUCCUUCUCUUUCUCUCUCCCGAACCCUAAUUCUAUCAAAUUUCUGCUUCGAGUCCUCCAUUUUGAGUGGCUUCAAUGGCGAAUCAGUUCGGCAGUUUAGUGGAAUCCAUAAAAUCCAAGGUGAAGGCGCUGAAGAAGUCGAAGAAGCCGUAUAUAAAGAUGGACAAAAGCUCCAGCGUCAAGGUUGAGAUCCGUAGCCGAAAAGCUCGAUUGUUGAUCGAUAAAACUAUGAAGGUUGCCGAUCGUCCUGGCAAGCGCACUGUUUCUUAGUCUUGAUUAUCAUCUCUGUUUCUUACCGACACUCAGGUUUUUUUAUGCUCUCUCGCUAUUUUUCUCUGUGAUCUUCGCGUAGUUGCAAUCGCGGAUUGUUCUUGUUUGUGAUGAUUUAGUUUUGGUUUGAUCGUGUAGCUACCGAUUCUGUGUUUCUCUCAUAGAUUCAGAUAUGGAACCGUUUCGGAUUAAUAGCUCCGAAACUAAACUUGUAACUAAUUACGAAUCGAUGAAAUUACGAAUUUCCGAGUUUCUGAGUU